AUGAAGUUGGUAUCGCUCCGAAUGUUCUCGUGGCGGUACUUGGCCUUGGCUUGGGUACUCUGCCUCAUCCUCUGGUUCGUAAGUUUCGACGCCAGGAUGCUGUCGGUGCAAGCCGUACCCAAAACCACCUUAAAUAAGUCCAAGCUCAUUUCACUUUUCACUCACUUCCAUCACAGAAAUGUCAACUUGAAGUCCAUAACAACACGGUCCAGUGUUUACGACGAGGUUUAUAGCCAGGUCAACAUCUAUGAUUUCUUGAAGAGGAACUCCAUCCAGGAUCGAUGCAUGCUGUACUUCAAUCAUCUAGCAAUGAGCAACCCUGAGUGGUUGGUCAACCCACACGAAUCUACAACGUUUGACCGAGAUGCGUUCCGUCUGUUUGAUUCUUUCCGGACCGAUCAGAUCAAGAAGUGGAACGACGAGGCAAAGAAAGCUGAGAGGGAGGGCCGUGAUCCUCCCGUCAAACCCACCGAGGAGAACUUGCGCCAGAAGUUCGAAAAUUUACGUCAUAAAGCUUUGACUGAUGAGCAGACUUUGCAUGACUUCGUCUCCCAUGUUCGAAUCUUUGAAAAGUGCUUCAUGCAUUCACAGGAUUCAACAGUCUUGAAACUCGAUAACAAGUUUGUCAAGACUCAACAAGAGUUCUUGAAAUCCAAUGUGAAGUACGAAUAUGACAUAGAAGAGUUGGAAAGCAUAGGAAAAUCAUACAAGGACAAACUUUUGUGUGGCGAAGUGGAACUGAAGAUCUUCCCAUUUUUGUCAAAUGAGUAUCCAUUGUUCGAAAGAUGGAAUCAGGAGACUUCAUAUUUUCCAGGAUAUGAAAAGAAAUUUGCAGACACUGGAUGUUUCCUCAAUGAUUUCAAGAAACGUGUUAAUGGUAAGGGAAUUGUCAUGACUCUUGGAAAUGGCCAUGUCGAGGAUGCUUCAAGAUUAAUUCGAGUGUUGCGUUACUUCAGAAACACUUACCCUAUUCAAAUUGUCUUCCAUAAUAACUUGUCCCCUGAAUCACGUUACAACUUGAUCAAGGCUGGAAGAAACGAUUACAUGGACUUUCCUCGGCAGGAUAUAUGGUUUGUCAAUGCCGAGAGAUCUAUUAAUGAGCAGUACCGCUCGAAAUUCGAUGGAUUUGCCAACAAAAUCAUGGCCAUCAUGUUUAAUUCGUUUGAAGAUGUCCUCUUCCUUGAUGCAGACUCUGUUAUCUUGAAGGAUGUCGACUAUUUUUUUAAGGUCAAGCGUUACGUCCAAACCGGAACUCUCUUCUACAAGGAUCGGUCUUCCUUUGAGUUUAGACCGGAGCCGGAUAAGGUUUUCUUCGAGAAAUUACUUCCUUCCGUCGAUGACUCCAUGGUGUUCAACAUCGCACAAACGUCAAACUACACGAUGAUGAACGAGUUCUUUGCCAAUAACUUCAAUCACUAUAUGGAGAGUGGAGUUGUGGUAGUGAACAGGAAGAAGCAUUUUAUGAUGCCAUUUAUGAUGGCUAUCAUAAACUUUUAUUCUGUAGUCUCCAGCAGAGUCUACGGAGAUAAGGAAUUGUUCUGGCUUGCAUGUGCCCUUCUAGGCGAUGAGACUUACGCUUUCAACCAAAACUUUGCCGCAGCUGUGGGAGAAUUGACUCCAGAACAUGAGCGUCAUAAAGACAUCAACGAAGUCAAGAGUUUCCACUCUCAGGAAAUCUGUUCAAAUCAUCCAAGUCAUAUUAGUGAUGAAGAUGACUCAUUGGUCUGGCUUAAUUCGGGUUUCCGAUUCUGUGGAAAUACUCACAAGAAAGAGAUGAGCUUUGAAAAGGAGUUUAGCCUGGGAAAGCGGUUUACAAAAAUGAAGACUUUGGAAGAAUUCAAGACAUUCUUCGAGUCAAAACUAAAAAUCACACAUGCCGUCAUUCCUCCAUACUAUAAGGACCAAAGACGUGCUGUCAAUUCGGAACAUGAACCCGAGGUCCCGUGGGUAAUGACAUCUUAUUGUAUUGGAUACUGUUGGUGUGCAUACUCUCUGAUCGGAGGCUAUAACAAGGCGUCAAAAGAUGAUGCCUCUACUCGACUAGAGGGAAAGGUGAUCGAGUUUUCUGAAAAGGACCAAGAGGUCUUCGGGGCGGUCGGAGACGUUUGGAUGGCAUCACUCAAUUAG